AUGAUAUUCGUUCCGAAUCUGCUGCAUAUCUUGAAUCUAUUUCAGUCUGAUGGAGUGCAAGCGCGCAUUUUGGGUACGACGUGUAGCGUAAAACUUAUGCAACUGGCCAAACUGUGCAACGAUUUAGCCACUCGAGGUGACCGCCACAAUCCGGUGUUCCGAUUGGCUCGCACAUUGGAGGGUAAACUGAUUCAGGCGCAACGGUGGCUCGCAGAUCCACGUGGACCGCAACGACAGGUUGGUCUGGAGGCCUGUCGUUCUUUGGCUCAGGGCGCUCGUAAACUAUUGGACUUGGACCUCAAUAGCGGUCCAAGUACUCCGGGACCAAGUGACAGAGGUCUCACGAAUGGAGAUGUGGAGAAGGUAUCCAAAGAUUCGUGUGUCGAAGCGUGUGAACACGUGGAACGUGCUGCGGAACGGUUAUUUGCGGUCUCAGCACAACCAGAAAGUAAGUAUGCUCCAACAUCGCCUCUACUCUGCAAGCGUAUUGCCACUCACGUCUAA